AGGAGAGCGAGCUGCUGAGGAGGAUUGUGGUGGAACGCUGCCGCCCCUCCGACGUGGGAGCUGCCCUGCAGGCCCUGGAGGCCGCCACCGACUGGAAGGAGGCGGCGCAGACGGGCAGGGCGGUGCCGGAACAGGGUGUGGAUGAGGUGUACGACGCGGCUGUUGAGGCGGUUGAGGCGGCGGAGGGCAGGCUGCAGGACUACCUCAAGGAGGUUCGCUCCCGCUACGGCCCCAGCAUCUCGCUCAUCUCCCUCAACAAGGACUCGCACCUGCUGGAGGUGUCGGAGGGGCUGGCGGGGCGGCUGGGGGCGGAGUUCAGCCUGGUGGGGAACAGGAAGGGGUACAAGAGGUACACCACCUCGAAGCUGCGGUCCCUGGUUGCGGAUCAUGAUCGGGCGGUGGAGCGGAGGGAGGAGGCGCUGGGCAGCAAUCUGGCGCGCCUGGUGGUCCGCUUCGUGUCGCACCGCCCGCUGUGGGUGGCGCUGGUGGAGGCGGUGGCGGAGGUGGAUGCGCUCAUGUCGCUGGCGGCACACGCACUGGCGCCGCCGGACGGGGGGGUCAUGUGCAGGCCGCAGCUGCUGCCGCCGCAGAGGGGUGGGGAAGGCUGCGGCGCCUUCUUCCACGCCUCCUCCCUGCGCCACCCCGCCGGCAUCUGCGGCCGCAACAACGGGGCAUUUGUGCCCAAUGACGUGCACCUGGGGCCCUGGCCGGCGGAGGCAGGCGCGGGGGCGGGUGAGGGGGCUGCUGCUGCAUGCGGCUCCUCCUCCUCCUCUUCCUCCUCCCCCCUGGUGCUGCUGUCGGGUCCCAACAUGGGCGGCAAGAGCACCCUGCUGCGGCAGGUGUGCCUGGCGACUGUGUUGGCGCAGGUCGGCGCCUUUGUCCCCGCCGAGUCGCUGGUGCUCUCCCCCGCGGACGCCAUCUUCGUGCGCAUGGGCGCGCGCGACUCCAUCCUGACCGGGCAGUCCACCUUCUUCAUCGAGCUGGCGGAGACGGCGGCCAUGCUGGCCCGAGCGACCUGCGAUUCCCUUGUCGUACUGGACGAGCUGGGUCGCGGUACGGCAACCAUGGACGGAGCGGCGGUGGCGGGUGCCGUACUGGAGCACCUGGCGGCCAACACCCGCUGCAGGGGGCUGUUCGCCACACACUACCACCACUUGUCGGACGAGCACGCGAGCGACCCACGGGUUGCGGUCAUGCACAUGGGCUGUGCGGUAGAGGGCGAGGAGGGCGGCAGCAGCCCCCCUGCCGCCGCUGCCGCCGCCGCUGCUGAGGGAGGCGAGGAGGUGACCUUCCUCUACCGCCUCACGCAUGGCGCCUGCCCCAAGAGCUACGGCACCAACGUGGCCCGGCUGGCUGGGCUGCCCCCCGGGGUGGUGACACGGGCCGCACAGGUGUCCGCGGACUGGGACAGGCAGCGCAGCAACAAGCAGCAGGGGGGGCGGGAGGAGGAGGAGGAGGAGGGGCAGCAGGCGAAGGGAGGGAAUGAUGCCAUGGAGGUGGACGGCG